GCCCCUGCGAGGCUGGACGACCCCGGCGCGCGGAGCUAGCGGGUGCAGGAUCCAUGGCGGGCGGGGAGGAGCACAGUGACGGGGAGCCAGUAUCCGUGGUGACCGUGAGGGUGCAGUACCUGGAAGACACCGACCCUUUCGCAUGUGCCAACUUCCCGGAGCCGCGCCGGGCCCCUACGUGCAGCCUGGACGGGGCGCUGCCUCUGAGUGCGCAGAUACCUGCGCUGCACCGCCUGCUGGGGGCACCACUCAAGCUGGAGGACUGUGCCCUACAAGUAUCUCCCUCUGGAUACUACCUGGACGCUGAGCUGUCGCUAGAAGAGCAGCGAGAGAUGCUGGAGGGCUUCUAUGAGGAGAUCAGCAAAGGGAGGAAACCCACCCUGAUCCUGAGAACCCAGCUCUCUGUGAGGGUCAAUGCUAUCUUGGAAAAGUUGUACGGCUCCAGUGGCCCUGAGCUCCGCCGCUCCCUUUUCUCACUGAAGCAGAUUUUCCAGGAAGACAAGGACCUGGUACCUGAAUUUGUACACUCAGAGGGGCUGAGCUGCCUGAUCCGCGUGGGUGCUGCUGCUGACCACAACUACCAGAGCUACAUCCUUCGAGCACUGGGCCAGCUGAUGCUUUUCGUGGAUGGGAUGCUGGGGGUGGUGGCCCAUAGUGAGACAGUGCAGUGGCUGUAUACACUGUGUGCCAGCCUGUCCCGCUUAGUGGUGAAGACCGCCCUGAAGCUGCUGCUGGUGUUUGUGGAAUACUCUGAGAACAACGCGCCUCUUUUCAUCCGGGCAGUCAACUCUGUGGCCAGCACCACCGGUGCUCUUCCCUGGGCCAAUCUGGUGUCCAUCCUAGAGGAGAAGAAUGGUGCUGACCCAGAGCUGUUGGUGUACACCAUCACCCUCAUCAAUAAGACGCUGGCUGCACUGCCUGACCAAGACUCCUUCUACGAUGUGACAGAUGCUCUAGAGCAGCAGGGGAUGGAGACGCUGGUCCAGCGUCAUUUGGGCACCCCUGGUACAGAUGUGGACCUGCGUACACAGCUUAUGCUCUAUGAGAGUGCCCUUCGGUUGGAGGAUGGGGACAUGGAGGAAGCAGCAGCAGCAGCUGCAGCAGGUGGCCGGCGGGAGCGGCGAAAGCCAUCUUCAGAGGAGGGGAAGAGGAGCCGCAGAUCUCUGGAAGGGGGUGGCUGUCCUGUGCGUGCUCCAGAAGCUAGCUCCACAGGCCCUGCCUCCCCAACUGGCCCCAUCUCAACUGGCCCUGCUCCACGCACAAGCCCCACCUCCAGCUCUGCAAGCCCUGCUUCUGUUAUCACCUCGGUGAACCUCUUUCCUUCCAUUUCCAUGGCGUCCUCAGUGGACAGCUCCUGUGAGAGAAGCAUCUACAAAGCCCGGUUCCUGGAGAAUGUGGCAGCAGCAGAAACUGAGAAGCAGGCUGCACUGGCCCAGGGCCGGGCAGAGGCACUGGCUGGGGCCAUGGUGGAUGAGGCUGAUGGGUCCUCAGGCACCCGGGAACUAUGGGAUUCCCCAGAGCCAGCCCCUGUACCCAGAACACCCCAGAGCCCUGUGUCCCGAAUCCUACUCCAGGCUCAGCGGAGUCUUGAGCCAGAGAUCACGGAGCCACUGAUUCCAUCAAGCCCCAAGGCUGAGCCCAUCCAUGAUCUCCCUACCCGUGUACCCAAGCUGUGCAUUGGGGACCUAGACUUCUCAGACCUGGGGGAAGAUGAAGACCAGGACAUGCUAAAUGUGGAGCCUGUGGAAGCUGGAAAAGGGAUCCCACCCCCACCUCCCUUAAUCUCUGGAGGCCCGCCACCUCCUCCUCCACCACCUCUCCCACCCAUCAAAGGACCCUGCCCACCCCCCCCACCGCUGGCUGCCCCUCCUCCCCACUCAGCACUUGAUGGUCCAGCCAUCCCCACCAAGAGGAAGACAGUAAAACUUUUCUGGCGGGAGCUAAAGCUGGCUGGGGGACAAGGGGGCUCUGGAAGCCGCUUUGGACCCUGCUCUACCCUGUGGGCCUCCCUGGAGCCUGUCACUGUGGAUACAGCCCGGCUGGAACAUCUGUUCGAGUCUCGAGCCAAGGACAUACUACCCUCCAAGAAAGCUGGUGAGGGCCGCCGGACAAUGACCACAGUACUAGACCCCAAACGCAGCAACGCCAUCAACAUUGGUCUAACCACGUUACCACCUGUACAUGUCAUUAAGGCUGCCCUGCAAAACUUUGAUGAGUUUGCAGUCAGCAAGGAUGGCAUUGAGAAACUACUGACCAUGAUGCCCACGGAGGAGGAAAGGCAAAAGAUUGAGGAAGCCCAGUUGGCCAACCCUGAUCUACCGCUGGGCCCAGCUGAGAAUUUCUUGAUGACACUUGCCUCCAUUGGGGGCCUGGCUGCCCGCCUACAACUCUGGGCUUUCAAGCUAGACUAUGACGGCAUGGAACGGGAAAUCGCAGAGCCACUGUUUGACCUGAAAGUGGGCAUGGAACAGCUGGUGCAAAAUGCCACCUUCCACUGCAUCCUAGCUACCCUGCUGGCUGUGGGCAACUUCCUCAAUGGCUCCCAGAGCAGUGGCUUUGAGCUGAGCUACCUGGAGAAGGUAUCAGAGGUAAAAGACACAGUACGCCGGCAGUCCCUGCUAUACCAUCUCUGCUCCCUGGUGAUCCAGACACGGCCUGAUUCCUCCGACCUCUACUCAGAAAUCCCUGCCCUGACCCGCUGUGCCAAGGUGGAUUUUGAGCAACUGACAGAGAACCUGGGGCAGCUGGAGCGCCGGAGCAAGGCAGCUGAGGAGAGUCUACGGAGCUUGGCUAAACAUGAACUAGCCCCAGCUCUACGUGCCCGCCUCACCCAUUUCCUGGCCCAGUGUGCCCGCCGUGUUGCCAUGCUGAGGGUUGUGCACCGCCGAGUCUGUAACAGGUUCCAUGCCUUCCUGCUCUACUUGGGCUACACUGCACAGGCAGCUCAGGAAGUGCGCAUCAUGCAGUUCUGCCACACGCUGCGAGAGUUUGCACUUGAGUAUCGGACUUGCCGAGAACGGGUUCUACAGCAGCAGCAGAAGCGGGCCACGUACCGGGAACGCAACAAGACCCGGGGACGCAUGAUCACAGAGACAGAGAAGUUCUCAGGGGUGGCUGGGGAAGCCCCCAGCAACCCAUCUGUUCCAGUGGCAGUGGGCAGUGGGCCAGGCCGGGGUGAUGCUGACAGUCACGCCAGUAUGAAGAGUCUGCUGAUCAGCAGGCCUGAGGACACCACACAUAACCGCCGCAGCAGAGGCAUGGUCCAGAACAGUUCCCCAAUCACACACCCAGCAGUGGGGUCCUCUACUGCACCUCCUGAAGAGCCCUCAGGCUCCAGUUUACCCAGUGACACAUCCGAUGAGAUUAUGGACCUGCUGGUGCAGUCAGUAACCAAGAGCAGUCCUCGUGCCUUAACUGCUCGGGAAAGGAAACGUUCCCGUGGCAACCGCAAGUCUUUGAGAAGGACGCUGAAGAGUGGGCUUGGAGACGAACUGGUGCAGGCACUGGGACUGAGCAAAGCUCCUGGCCUGGAGGUGUGAAGGGGCUGACUUCAGGAUACGUGUCUGGAUGCUCUUGCAGUAUGAGAUACUAGAGUGAAAAGGGCUCUGCGCAGCAAUCUGGUCCCAGAACCCUGUGUCCAUGGGCCAGUGCCUUGAGCAGUAUUAGGAUGUAUGUGGAGAUGUGUGUGUGUGUGUGUGUGUGUGUGUGUGUGUGUGUAUGUGUGUCCAUUUCCCUACUCAGGGAGAAAAAUAAAGUUUUCCUA